CACAGACUGAAGAACAGACGAUCAGAUUCACCUUCAGACCAAACUAACAACUUCCUCUGAGUGAGUUCAGCUAAAACUCCAACACUGCUGCUUCAAUCUGCUGACACUCCACACACUGAAGCUUCACUCAGAGAUUAAAUGGCUUCCAGAUCAGAGGAGGAUCUCUGCUGUCCGGUCUGUCAGGACGUCUUUAGAGAUCCUGUUAUUCUGUCAUGUAGCCACAGCUUCUGUAAAGACUGUCUGAAGAGAUGGUGGAGACAGAAACAAGAACGUGAGUGUCCAGUUUGUAAGAGAAGAUCUUUGUUUGAACCACCUUGUAACCUGGUGUUGAAGAACCUGUGUGAGGCCUUCUUAUUGGAGAGAGAUCAGAGAGCUUCAGAGGCUCUCUGCAGUCUGCACUCUGAGAAACUCAAACUCUUCUGUCUGGACCAUCAGCAGCCAGUUUGUCUCGUCUGCAGAGAUUCAGAAAAACACACCAAGCACAGAUUCAGACCCAUCGAUGAAGCUGCACGACAACACAAGAAGGAAGUUGAGGAAACUCUGGAGCCCUUAAAGGAGAAGUUAAAGGUUUGUGAACAAGUUAAAGUGAAGUGUGAACAAACAGCACAACACAUGAAGGUCCAGGCCCGACGCACAGAGAGGCAGAUUAAGGAGCAGUUUAAGAAGCUUCACCAGUUUCUAGAAGAGGAAGAGGAGGCCAGGAUGGCUGCACUGAGGGAGGAAGAGGAGCAGAAGAGUCAGAUGAUGAAGGAGAAGAUGGAGGCUCUGAGCAGAGAGAUAGCAGCUCUUUCAGACACAGUCAGAGCCACAGAGGACGAGCUGAGAGCUGAAGACGUCUCAUUCCUGCUCAACUACAAGGCUGCAGUGGACAGAGUCCAGCAGCGCCCCCUGCUGGAUGAUCCACAGCUGCUCUCAGGAGCUCUGAUAGACGAGGCCAAACACCUGGGCAACCUGACCUUCAACAUCUGGAACAAGAUGAAGGACAUGGUCUCCUACACUCCUCUGAUUCUGGACCCAAACACUGCUCAUCCAAACCUCAUCCUGUCUGAAGAUCUGACCAGUGUGAGACCAGGACAGAGACAGCAGCUUCCUGAUAAUCCAGAGAGGAUUGAUGACUUUCCCUGUGUCCUGGGCUCUGAGGGCUUUAACUCAGGGACUCACAGCUGGGAUGUCGAGGUUGGAGACAGUACAGCCUGGUUACUGGGUGUGUUAGCAGAGUCUGUCCAGAGGAAAGAACGCAUUAAGUCUGGAUUAUGGAGAAUAUGGUUCCUUCAAGGUAAAUACUCAGCACUGUCACUACCAGCUCCACCCACUGAUCUCAAAGUGAAGAAGAAGCUCCAGAGGAUCAGAGUGAAUCUGGACUGGAACAGAGGAAAGCUGUCGUUCUCUGAUCCUGAUAUUAACACACACAUACACACCUUCACACACACUUUCACUGAGAGGAUGUUUCCAUUCAUUAGCUCUGUUGAUGAACUGAAGAUAUUACCACUGAAGGUUUGUGUGACAGUGGGACAGAGCAGUUAGAGAUAAAGAGGAUGAUUAUAUUUAUGAUGUUUAUUUCUUAAAGAGAAAAGUCACUCUCCUCUUAAACUGGGAAUAAAAAAUAACAGCACAGUGUCAAAGUGACGUAUUAGCUGGAGACACAGGCUGAGACAGAGAGGCUGACGACUUUAACAUGAAAACAUCUUUUUAAUUGAAGUGAUAUUCUUUAAUGUUUCCAGACUGAGUCAUAUCAGACAUCUGACAAACUGAAACUUAUUGUGACUUUACGUCAUACUGUGUAACUCCUGUUAGCAGAGACAGAAAUAUACUCACUAUAAUCCAUAAGUGAUGAUGAGAAGUGACGGCAUGACUUUAGAUUCAAAUCUUCAUUUUCAGCAGGUAAACUGCGUCUGGAGUCUUUUUUUAAUGUCAUGUGAUUUGAGGAACUUCCUGCAGGACUUUUUUACUGAUGCUUUAGCGCCCUCUGCUGAUCAAAGUGUGUUCAACUCAACAGGAUUAAACUGUUUCAUAUCAAUAACUUCAUUAAUAUUUUUACAUUAAAUCCACUCCAAUCAUAGCAUCAUUGUGGCUACU